CGUCACUUCGCGCUACACGGUGGUCUGCAUUCUCCCUCGGAUGGACACCCAUGAAUCCACUUCACGCGAACUUGAACUCGAGAGUCUGCUUCUCAAACGCGGCGUACAAUACAGGGAAAUUUCCGACGAAGUUAACCGUUUGCGGAGACACGUCUUAGUCAAACCGGACGCCUCUAUUGUGCCUCCAAAUGAAGCGGAGCCCACACCAUUCCCGCCCUCUCUCAGCGCUUUACUCCAUCCUUUGCUCUCGUCGAACAAUGCUGCGCCGAGUUCAAGUGUAUCUGCUUUAACCCAACGCGUCCGCCUCUUGCAAGAGGAGAACGAUGAGCUGUACGAGAUUCUCAAGCGAAGCGAAACGGGCAAAUUGAAAGAGGAGGUGACUGGACUGCGCCGGCUGGUAGAACGCCUGGAGAAGGCUUUACGGGAGUCUCAUAAUGCUGUCCACACUCUUUCAAACGAGCUCGACAAAGCAUACGAGACAAUCGCCACUGCUGCGUCGGAAUCGCAUCUUCAUUCACGAUCUCCGCGGAAUGCAUAUUAUGCCGCGUCGGACGUGAACGCUGCGAACGGCUCGAACGAUAGCGUGUCGGGCUCACUCGGUCCUUCAUCCAAGUUCCUACCAACUGGCCCUCGGGCACACAAGAAACCCCGGAUGUCCGAACCUGCACCGUCGCACGCAGGAGCCGGUCCCCCAGGAAAGGCGUCGCCUCCCAACCACUACCAUGCCAAUGCGCCACCCUCUAACCACGCGUACUCGCGUGGCUCUUCCGCUUGGCCCGACAAUAGGACCCACUCGUCCCCACGCCACAGGCAGAGCUCUAAUCGCAUGAAUGGGGAUGGUGAGAUGCGCAGAGAGCCAGAAUCUCGUGACCGGGACAGAGACCGAGACCGGGACAGAGACCGGGACAGGGAUCAUGGACGGAAGGAGCGCAGGAAUAGGUCGGGCGGCGGAGGACGCGGGGGACGGCGGACAGACAGACAUAAUGGCUCAGGUCGCAGUCCGAACGCUCGUGCAAACGACGGAGAUCGGACGUUGAAAGAGAGACUCGGAUUGUAGGACUCUAUUGCUGUACGAUCACGCUUUCUCUGGGUUUUAAUCCUUUGGAACACUAUAUCUGAUUGCUUUGCCUGUACACUUGCACUAUUACUGUGUAUCAUAUCAUCGUUUCUCUAUGGACCAAGUCUCGAAUAGACACACAUUGUAGCUAUAGCUGUCGUUUUGUUCUCCCUGUUUGUUUGCUAACCACGAGCUUUCCUUAAUCUUCGCACGCUCUAUGCACAGGCGUAGGCCGCGCGUCCAC